CAUCUAAGAAGUCACACAUUUCCGAUUGAGGAAAUGGAGUUCAGGGCUUCGCUUCUGCUGACACUCCUGGGCUUCUUGUUUGUGAAGCCAGGGUUUGGACAAAGAGGUGACAUGGACAUCAGAGACACUAUCGAGAAGUUGAUAAAGAAUUUGCAGGACAAACCUAAAGAUGUAGAAACACAGCAGAAUGACUUUGAAGCUCUGGAGGCCAGGCUCAAUGCGACUGUAGACGAGCUGACGAGACAGAAAGCUGAAAUGGAAAGUCUGAAGAAAGAGAAUGAAGGCCUGCAAAUGAGGCUGAACGCCUCAGAGGGGGAGAUUGAUAAGCUCAAACAGAGUAGUGGUAAAGCUGCUCCUCAGAUCGCAUUCUCUGUCUCUUUGGCAAACUUUGGAGAGAUUUACAGAGGACCCUGCACUGACAAGACUCUAGUUUUUAAAAGGAUCUUAUCAAACACCGGCAAUGCUUACGAUCAAAAUACAGGCAUCUUCACAGCACCAGUAAAUGGUCUCUACUACUUUAGCUUCAGUUCCUAUGGCUACAACACUCAUGUAGUGGGGGCCAUAUUAAUGAAGAAUGCUGUCCGUCAAAUUUCAACCUAUGAUGACCCUUCAAUAGACGGCUCAGACAGUAGCAGUAACGCUGUUGUUCUGCAGCUGGCUGCUGGAGAUACGGUGCACAUGGAGCUGUGGGAUAACGGCAGAGUGUUUGAUAACCUGAAUGGACACACGACCUUCAGUGGUUUUCUCCUCUUCCCAAUGUAGAUGAUCAGACAUAUAUUUGUAUUGUGGUUCUAUCCCAAAACUAGAGUGGCUCGAUACAUGUUUUUAA